AUGGCAAAAAGAUCUGCCAACUGGACAGCGGAUGAAGAGAUUGUUUUGGUAGAAGAGGUGGGGAGGCGGAAGGAGUUAUUAUUUGGGAAAAUGAAAGGGGAUGGGUCUGUUAAAAUUUGGGAAAUUUUGGCUAAAGGAUGGAAAGAAAUUACAGAUGUGUUAAAUGCAAGAUUCAGUUUAAAAAGAAGAGAAGAACAAGAGAUAAAAAAGAAAUACUACAACAUCAAGCAACGCAAUAAUAUCAUAGUGAGUGGAGUAGAUGAAAAGGCGCCCGAGAUUAAAAAUCCAGAAAACCUUGCCAAGAUCAUUAGCAACGUGUUCACUGCAGAGAUGGAGAUACCAGCAGAGACUGUGGAUAACCUACAGAUCUAUAAAUUGUUCAGAAUGGGUGAGUACGAUAAACAACGAAAAUAUCCUAGGCCAAUUUGUGUUCAAUUUGCGAACAAAUCACACAAAGAUAUCGUAAUGAGGCACAUUAAAAUUCUUAAGGAUAAGCAGUCACCAAUAAGAGUGUCCCAACAUCAACCGGAAGAAAUCAGAGAAAAAAGGAAACACCUAUAUGAUGUACAGAAACAAUACGCGGACCGUAACAUAGAGACCGUGUUGAAGGGUCAAAAACUCAUUUUCACACAAAGCAAAUCUGUGUAUAGAGAUAAAAUUGGUAGCCGACCUAUGGCCGAUGAGAUCAUCAGUGGAGAAGAGGUAAAGAUCGCGAUCAGUACGAGGAAGACCACAGAAGAUAAUGGAAACCGGUUUGUUGCCCACUCAACGCCAGUAGAUUCCUAUAAACAGGUGAGGCGAUCGCUUGUGGAAGUUAUGCGUACAGAAAACACUGCCAGUGCAAGUCACAAUAUAUAUGCGUUCCGAUUUUCCACUAGUGAUGGCACAGCGCAUGAGGGAUCUGAAGAUGACGGCGAGCACGGAGCCGGGAGAAUGUUACUCAAAGCACUCGCUGAUAAUGAUAUAAAUAACGCACUGGUGGUCGUCUCGCGGUGGUGUGGUAGUAAAAUCGGACCCAGACGUUUCACACAUAUCAACGAGGUUGGGUUAAGUGCAGCAAGAAAUAUGCCAGUCCCCGUCUGA